GUCAUCAGUGAGGAUUUACGACUGGUCAACAAAGGCACGUGAUUCCCGAGCGCUCUCCCAUAUUUGGCCGCAUACCUGGCAAAGUACAGUAGGGCUUCAUUGCUUAUAAUUCAUGAUUGCGUCCAUAAAUCGUGCAAGCACACAGGAUUAUAGCGACAAAGAUCUACAAAUCGAGGCUUUAAAAAUCCAAGCAAAUGAGCUCUUACUUUGUAAACUCGUUCUCAGGGCGCUAUCCAAAUGGCUCCGACUAUCAGUUACUAAAUUAUGGGACUAACGGCGCUGUGAGCGGCUCCUUCAGAGACCCUGGCACCAUGCACUCCGGGUCUUUCGGCUACAACUACAAUGGCAUGGACCUAACCGUGAACCGCAACAACACGGGCGGCCACUUCGGCGCCGUGCGGGAGGACGCCCGGGGAUUCGCGCCGGACGCCCGCUACAGACAGACGCCCAACUGCUCGCUCUCGUCCCCGGAUCCGGUGCCGCCCUCGUGCGCCACGGCCGGUCGGGAUCCGCUGGAGCUCAAGAGCCCCUCUCCCCCCUCUGACCGGAGCGCGACCUCUUCAUCGGGUGGCAACAGCCUCGGCAAAGCCGGGGGCGCGCACUUCGCGGAGAUAGAGGACGCAGCGGCAGCAGCUGCCGCCGCCGCCGCCGCCGUCGCUGCCGAGACCGAGGAAGGCGCGCACAGCAGCGGCGGCGGCGGAGGCUCCGGCGCGGCAUCCAGGGCGCAGCAGCAACAGCAGCAGCAGCAGCAGCACCAGGAACCCAACGCCACCUCCUCCACUCCCACACCAAAUGAGUGCCAAACGCCACAAAUAUUCCCCUGGAUGCGGAAACUGCACAUAAGCCAUGAUAUGACUGGACCUGACGGGAAAAGGGCCCGAACCGCGUACACCCGCUACCAGACGCUAGAGCUGGAGAAAGAGUUUCACUUCAAUAGGUACCUAACCAGACGGCGGAGGAUAGAGAUAGCCCACGCCCUGUGUCUUUCCGAGAGACAGAUCAAAAUCUGGUUUCAGAACCGCAGGAUGAAGUGGAAGAAGGACAAUAAGCUGAAAAGCAUGAGCCUCGUGACAGGAGGCAGCGCCUUCCACAACUGAGCAACUUUUUUUUUUUGUGCGUGUGUUUGUUUUGUUUUGCUUUUGGGAGGCAAGGGUACAACAACAACAACAACAACAACAACAACAACUAAAGAAACAAACAGAAAAACAAAAAGCAAGAAAAAAGUGUUAAUAAAGUUUCUCCCCCCCAAAACAAAAGAGAGAGAGAGAGAAAGAAAAACAUGAGUACUGUAUAGCUUUUGAAAGCGCAGCACCUUCCAGCAUGCCAUUGUGAUAGGAAAAAAAAAGAAAAGAAAAAAAGAAGUAUUCUGUGGUCUUAAAAUGCCAUUUUUAGUUUACUGUUGUUGUACUAUCAUAGCUUAGAUGUCCUAUUUGGGGGCUUGGGGUAAAAAAAAAAAACUCAACAAAAGAAAAAAACAAGAAUAAUAAUAAUAAGAUGUAAAUAUCAUUCUGGGAAUUUGUCUCUCUUUCAAGGUCUCUUCUGUUUCUUAAAGUCGAGCUCUUUAUUGUAACUUCUUUGACGGUCUAACAGGAGUAAAAAUCAUUUGUACAGUUAAAAAAAAAAGAAGAAGAAGAAGAAAAAGAAGAAGAAGAAAAAGAAAAAUUCCAAACCAUAUGCUGCUCUUCAUUGAAUGUAAAGCGCUUUUAGUGAUGGUUAUUUGUGGCCAAAAUCCAUAGAAAAGUUUCAUAAGCAAGCCAAUGUGUAGCUCUAUAGGAUACGUUGUGCGUUUAUUAUUAUUAUUAUUAUUAUUAUUAUUCUAAUUAUUCUAAUUAUUAUUGUUUAGAAUAACAAGCAAUGCAAGUGUAUUCAACCUGUCAAUGUGAUGAAUUUUUAGUGCAAAGGGUUACUCUGUGGACAUAGGCAGUGAUGUGAGCUUUCUGGAGCUUUUUGUAUUUGUACGUGAACUCAUAGCGCUUGAGAAAUAAACUUUUCCCCUCAGUUGA